AUGCGCCAGAAUCUGUGCGCCGCCAGGAUGCAGAAGUUGUACCAAAGCGUGGACGGAGGCGGCGGCGUGACAGCGGUGACUACGCAGACAAGUCCCAAGCGGCGCUAUGUCCGCAAAGAGGGCAGCUGUGACGUGGUUUUCCGCCACGUUCCCGAGGAGUGGCUCCUGUUCGUCACUGACAUCUUCACCACCCUGGUGGAGAUCCGCUGGAGGGUGAUGUUCCUCAUCUUCGCGCUGUCCUACAUCCUGUCUUGGCUCUUCUUCGGGCUCCUCUUCUGGGUCAUCGCGCUGGCCCAUGGCGACGAGCAGGACCACGGGACGACGCCUUGCGUCUACGAGGUCCGCAGCUUCACCGCCGCCUUCCUCUUCUCGCUGGAGACUCAAACCACUAUCGGCUACGGCGCCCGAGGGAUGUCGGAGAACUGCCCCGUGGCCAUCGUGGUGGUGACCAUCCAGGAUGUUGUCAGCUGUUUCAUCGACACCUUCGUCAUCGGCAUCGCCGUGGCCAAGAUGGCCUCGGCUCGCAAGCGAGCCCAGACUGUGGGCUUUAGCAACUGCGCCGUGGUCAACCUCCGCGACGGCUAUCUAUGCCUUACCUGGCGAGUGGGUGACUUCCGCCGCAACCACCUGGUGGAGGGUACGGCGCGCGCUCAGAUCGUGCGCUCCCACACCCACAUCACCGGCCGGGUGGACAUCACCUACCAGGACCUGCUGAUCCAGCAGCCGGACAUCAUCCUGGUGACACCCACCGCUAUCUGCCACCGCAUUCAAGAGGACAGCCCGCUUUACGGGAUGAGCCCGGGCGACCUAUCACGCUCCGACCUGGAGGUGGUGGUGUCCUUCACAUACACCGACGACAGCACGGGAACGCUGCACCAGACGCGCACGUCCUACACCCGCGAAGACAUCUUGUGGGGCCACGUCUUCCAGGAAAUGAUCCGAGCCGGGAGGAGGCGCUACGUGGUGGACUACCUGCUUUUCAACCAGACCGCCAAGGUCCAAUUGCCCGAGAUCAGCGCAGAAGCGUACCGGCUCAAGAAACGGUCGCGGCCCUCGUCGAGACCUUCGCCACGCUGUGCUCGCCCUGAAGCUGUCCCGACCCCCCCGAAAUUGACACUGACUCUGCCAGAUGCCCAACCGGACGAGCGGCUGGAAAAGUAG